GUUCGUGCAUUUUCCUGCCAAUAAGCAAUAUGUUUUAUCUGCAAUAUUAGUGUGCAAUAUUUUGCAAAAGAAAACUAGCUUUUUUGUAAGGCUAAUGCCAAACCAACUAACGGAAAUGUGCGGGUGUUAGCUUGCGAGCUACCAAAAGGUCACUUCAUCCAUGUUUACUCGGUCUAUGAACAUCUCAAGACAAUUUUUCAGGUUGAGCUGCAGCCUGUCUCAGUUUAAUCUCAACUCAAACACCGCCCACCUCCUGAGGAAACACCCCUUACUGAGAUUUGCACCAUUCUAUCAUUCUUCCAUUUGUCAUCCAUUUUGCACCCCCACUUUUUUUCCUUCUUCUCAUUCUAUCUCUCAUUUGCCUUCUUCGAUGGAUUUGAAGACUGUUCUGGAAGUUUUAGAGCAGUUUGCUCCGCUCUCAUUGGCUGAAUCUUGGGAUAAUGUUGGUCUGUUGGUGGAACCAGGCAAACAGCGUCCAAUAAAGACGAUCCUCCUCACCAAUGACCUGACUGCUGAUGUCAUGGAUGAGGCUGAAGCGAUGGCAUGUGACCUCAUCAUUUCAUAUCACCCACCGCUUUUCCGGUCUUUCAAACGGCUUGUUCAGAAGGAUUGGAAACAGCAACUGGCUAUAAGAGCUAUAGAAAGUGGAAUAGCUGUUUUCUCACCUCAUACAUCAUGGGAUUGUGUGAAAGGCGGACUUAAUGAUUGGUUGAUAGAAGGCGUAGGUAGUGGGCAAGUGUCAGUGCUAAGCCAGGCUGUCUGUAGCUCCUACCAUAAGCACAGACUGGAAUUUACAGCCAGAAAUGAAGAGGAGCUCAAUAAUAUGUUGAAGGACAUCAGAAAGACAUCAGAAAGCGAAACAUUUCACUACAACAUACUUAGGACUGAACAAGAGACACUGCAGGUUAUGUUGACCUGUCCCAGCUCAGGACUGACCCCUACUGUUCAGACUAUAUUAGGAAACGCCACAGCCAGCAAGUCUCUAAAUAUCACACAGAUCCAGCAGCCACCAUUACUAGGCUGUGGUCAAGGACGGCAUGCUGUGUUGGAUGAGCAGAUAUCCAUCACUGUGGCACUUCAGAGAAUGAAGAAGCACCUUGGUCUGCCUUAUCUUAGACUGGCUCUGGGAAAUCAGAAAACGUUCGAAUCUGUAGUGAAGAGUGUAGCUGUGUGUGCUGGCUCAGGAGCUUCAGUCCUGCAGGGUGUGAAAGCAGACCUCUACAUCACUGGCGAGAUGUCUCAUCACGAGGUACUGGAUGCUGUUUCUAAAGGCACAAGUGUGAUCCUGAGUGAGCACAGUAACAGCGAGAGAGGUUUUCUUACUGUGUUUAAGAAGCACCUAGCUGCACAUCUGCCAGACUCUGUUACUGUAACAAUCUCCCAAAAAGAUAAAGACCCACUGCAGAUCAUUUGAUUUCAUUAUGCUCAUUGUACAACAGUUACUCUGCCAAAUCUGGUUAACUGUAUCCUUACACCUUCCCCACAUGUUUAACAUUGGAUUUCAUAAUGAUUUAAAAGGAAUAAAUAUGAUCAAUGUGCAACACUG